CCUCAAGUGUCCAUCCUUUUCAGUGAAACAUCAUCAUUAAGGUCACAUAUGCAUAUUUCCGGGACAAUUGCGGAACUGUCACAUUUUAUGGGUCUUUCUACAGAUUUUAUACUCCUAUUUGUACUAUCCAGUAUUACAACUACAUUCGUGUCUUGCAUAUUUAUAUUCUCGCACAGUUUCCACUAAAUUAAAUGAAACCGGGACUUUCAUGUCCGACUUUUGUAUUCUAAGUUAUGCCGAUUUCUUGGACAAGUCUGUAUAAGAGCUGCAUCUGUACCUUGUGUAUUCUGCUUGUACAGCUCCCUGUCGGGACUUCAUUAUAGGUAGCCUUGUCGGUUGGUUGACCAUUUGGUUUCUGAUCGAUAACUAGAAAAUGCUUGGAUUCGCAAUGAUCAUACUGAUAAAUGCCUGUGGUCAUUAGAUGACCCUUAUUUUUGUGGGAUCAUUAGACUAGAGGUCAAGGUCGCAAGUGUACGUAAUCAGUAUAUAGCUCCUCCGGGGACACCCUCCCCUUUUUGUAGGGGUCAAUAGGCCAUAUGGCAUGGUCACAGUGCCUAUGAGACUGAAACACGAUUUCCGCUCUAUAACUAUAGAAAGCUUUUCCCAGCAGUCACCUAACUUCAUGCCACGAUUUCCUGUGGUCAGUAGUGUGCCCACAUUGUCUUGGGUUCAACGAGUCAAAGGACAGGGUUACAAUUACCUGACAUUCAAAACGGCAUCCGCUAAAUAAUUAAAACACGGUUUGACUGUCAGUCUUCAGAGGGAAGUUGCCUGUAGUCAUUAAAUGCCCCCUGUAAGGUCACAAAGUACGUACCUACUUGCCCUCGACAGGCCAUAAUGCGUUUGUUUAGUCUACUUAUGGAAUUUCCUUAUGUCGGAAGUGUCUUCGAUAUAGGAUGCAUACUUGAUUAAACCGUUUAAGUAUCUAGCAAUGCUGGAGUUUUAAGCAGAGACUAUUGGCCUACCAGGAUAGCCUAGUGGUAAUGGCUCAUCAAUUUUACGGGAAAAUAAUCCGUCGCUUGCGUGAACUUUUUCACGGGAGAUUCCCUGACAGUCAAUGUGGGACCUUGCUCAGAAAAUUUGACUGGGAUUUACUAGAAACAGUCACGUUUGUGCUGGACGAGGAGCCGAGUCAGAUACGUGAAGCUCUUGGAGAAAACGAGUGGCAAAUUGUUAGUACUGUCCGGCAGAAUAAUGUUAUACGAGACCUUGCAAGACGCAACGAAGUAGGGGCCGAAAUAAGACAGUUUGGAUGCAAAAAUUGUGACAAUAUGUGGUGGCGAAAAGUGCCUAAAAGAAAACCUGUAUCCAGAUGCAAGGGAUGUAAAAGAAAACGUGAUCCAUAUCCAGAAGAUAAUGAGUAUGGAUGGGCAAAGUUCGAGUGCGAAUGCUCCAAUGAAUUCAAUGCAUUUGGAAUGAUGGAGCUUGCUGUUUUAGACAUAGGGCUGACAGGAAAGAGCAAAUCUUUGUGCUGGCGGUGUAGGGUACGUCUCUGUGAGCCUCUCUACAUUCACAAGCCAGUGCAAACUGAGCUGGACGGGCGGGGCGGACGGGGCGGGCGGGGCAGGCACGGCCGGCCGCUUCACGAGUGUACGGCAUAUAACUGUUAUAGACGAUGCCCACAGAGACAACCUAAUGAGCCCAUUGUUCCGUACUGUGUGCAUCCGAUGUCACUACAAUUCCAUGUACCUGGUGAAGGUAGUGCCAGUCAUGUUAGCACCGGAUCCACGGUGAAAACCUUUCUGACCCAAGAUGAAUUAAGUCCCCCACAUGGGCCUUACGAACCAAGUCUCGCGGAUAUAGACGAGAAUUGGAGCGGGAGUAGCGACCACAGCGACAGAAACCGGGAAGGCGACAAUAUUUGAGAAAAAAAUAUGACUUUCCUUUUCAUUCUGUUUUUCAAUAAAUCCUCCUCUUUGUAGGAAAUGAAUCCUAAAUCAUGAUAUUGUAUAUAGGUCUAGAUUUAUUUUUGAUGUAAAUUUUAUUGUGUGCUAUGCAUUUAUUUAUCGUAGGUACGGAAUCCUGUUAGGGCCAUAUCGUAUAUUGUCCGUCGCGCUUUGAGGUUGACGCACGACAAUGCGGCACGACAUCGCGACAAUGUGAAGCGACGAAAGACAAUAUCGUAGUGUCUUCGUGUCGCAUUUGUCGCCUUUCAAAAGCGCGAUAGUUCGCAUUUUCAUCGCAUUGUCGUGUCGCAUUGUCGCGAAGUCGUGUCGCAUUUUCGUGAGUCGACCUCAAAGCGCGACGGACGACAUACGACAUGGUCCUAAUAGGAUUACGUACGUAGGCCUACUGGGUAAAGUUUUGCUAAUAUAAUCUACUUACUUAAAAUGUCAUUAUUUUAAUAAAUUUGCUUCAUGUGAUAUAGAUUUAAAUGUAUUGUUUUUAUUUGUUUGUUUUGCUUAUUCAAUAGAUUAGUAAUAAAACUGCUUAAAUAACUUUUUAUCGGUACAUUACCUAAAUUAAACUUUCUCACGUGGCA